GAGAGAAAGAGAGAGCGAUAUCCUGGUACGACGUCUGUCGUCGCGCCUGCGCUUUUCAUCAAAAAGCUCGGCUCGUUCUCUCGGUCCUCGUCGGUCGUAGCCGUGAUCCUCCGUUCCGCCGGUGUCGCCCACCUCGAGCUCAGUGAGCCGGUGUGUGAGCGCCGCGACGCCUAGAACAGCACUGUCGUCGUCGUACGUUGUCAUCUUUAACGGCGUCGUCGUCAUCAUCGUCAUCGUCGUUCCCGACUCGCAUCCCGCAGGCUGCUGUAGACUGCAAUGUAAUCGUCCCUCGAGCUCGCCCUCGACAUUCCCAUCAUCGGCGCAUCGUGACUACGUCUCGUCGUCCGCGCUGCAAGAUGAACCAACGAUUUCCGGGGAAGCAUGUAACGCGUUCGGCAACGAGAUGAAAAGUCGCGCGGUGUCAUCAUCCGAAAAAUUCGAGAUCGAUUCGCGUCGCGUCAGGUAAAGCUCGACAGUGGUGAUAUGCGGCCAGGUAAUCAUGAUAAUCGGACGUGUUUUUAUCGCAAUGCUGACGAAACAGUCGAGGAACGUACACGAAACGCACGUGUGAUCGUGCAUCGAAUUGACCAGCUGCUUGGACCUCCCCUCCCACGUGUGCGAGCAUAGACGGCAUUCUCCUUCGAGGAGCGGAUCAUUCUCCAGUAACCGUUUCAGAAUGAACGUAACGGAAAUCGCUGCGAUGAGCACCGUGGCAAGCGUCAUUGGUGUCCACUCUGGAAUAAGACUGAACAAGGCAUUAAACGAUGGCGUCACUUACGACCUCGAUGACCUCGAUGUUUCGCUGGUGACUUUGUCGUCGGCCUGGUCUAGAGUAGCUCGACUUUUGUUGUUGGCCUCUCUCGCCGUUGGCGGAACCGUGGGUAAUGUCUUCAUGAUAUCCGCCGUGGUAGUGGAAGAUCAACUCAAGAAACGAGGAAACGCAUUCCUCGUGAACGUGGCGCUGGCGGAUCUGCUGGUGACCGGACUGGUAAUACCGGCCUCGGUGAUUGUAAUCCUGGCGGGCAGCGAAGAGUCCCUGGGUACCUGCCGAUUUGAGUGGACCCUCGAGGCCCUUUGCUUUUUGGUGACCGUACUGACGUUGGCCGCAAUCGCCUUCGAAAAUUACGCACGUCUGUGUCUGCCCGAGAGAUACGUCAAUGUAACGGCAUGUCAUGUAACAUCCGUCAUUGUUUCCCUCUGGUUGCUCGCCACAAUUGCGGUAGUCUUACAAUCAACCUUCGACGUGGGCCCCGACUUUUGUCGCCGCAGGCUGACUAGCAUCGCGGUGGAACAAGCAGUGGGUGUGAGCUUGCUGGUCGGACUGCCCGUUUUGAUAACGAUUUUCUUCUACGUGAAGCUGGUGAUUCACGUGCGACGUGUCACGCGGACGUACAAACCGCCGAUUGCCUUCUCCUGGGACUAUGAGCUUACCAAGACGAAUAUGUGCAGCUGCAUCAUGUUCACCGUGUUUUGGCUGCCGUUCGGCUUGGCAGUCUGCGUGAAUUCCUUCAGGCCGGUCAGCGUCCGUGUACUCUACAACCUGGCCUGGUUCGCCUUAUCCAAGUCCUGCUUCAACAAUCUGCUCUAUUGCAUGGCGGAUCGUCACUUUCGCAGCGCUUACAUCAAGCUCUUUCACUAUUGUUGUUGCAAGACCACGGUGAGCUUUUCAAGGAGACCGCGCGGCGGCGAGGGCGGCAGAAAUUCCAGCGACGUGCGUCUCAGAGUGCACAUUAUUCACUCGUACGCGAGUCCAUCGUCCUGUCGACCGGCUAUAGCCAGACCGAACGGCCGUGACGUCUAUGAGCUCUAGAUGCGAUGCAAUGCACGUGCAGGACGUACAAAAUAGGAUGAUAAAGGUAUUCUUCAUUGCAUUUGUCCGGACUCACUUUGCUGCGUAAUGAGAGUCCAUUCUUGCGGCAAUCAUUGUGUCGACGCACAAAUGACAUCGCGCCGAGACUGUCUCCGAUAUGAUCUUAUAAGGAGAAUUAAUUGGUUUGUCUUUCUCGAUUCUUACGGCUCGUUCUUCGAUAACGGCUGAAUUAUUUUUGCGUUGAAUCAAAUUGAAAUUCUUCCCGUUUUUGUAAGAAUGUCAAGCACAAAUUCUUUUUGAGACAGAAGUAAUUAAUUUCGCCAUAAUUGAAGAUGUUGACGUUAUUGCAUAAAUCUGGUUUAAUAAGGAUUAUAUAUUAUCUUCUGAUUAUAUGCGUAUUUUAUGAACGUAUUAUUUUUUAAUAACGCUAUUCACGCAAAAACGCCAUUAUUUUUACGAGUAUUGUUUUAUCAAAAAUAAUGAAGACCUAAGCACAAAAACAUCGGCACUAAGAAUACAUGACGUAAUGAUGUUUAUAAUGUUUAGCAAUUAUCGGCGUCCAUUCGAGAAAAAUUUCAAAAUUAUUGGGCUUAGGAAAUAAAUAAUUGAAAUGAAAAAACGCCCAAUAUUUUUGACGCUGAUGACGAAUAGUUGCCGUCCAUUGGAAAAAUGUUUCCUUAACUACGAGUUUAUAUUAUAAUCCUUAAAAUCGUUAAAACUUGAUGUCACAUACAUAUAUUUCCGAUUUAGAACAAGAUUUGUUUUUUGACUAUUUAUGUUUUUUGACUCUAUAUAGAAACGACAUUCUAAUCAGAAAGAUAUAGAAAACGUUCAGUUUGUACACUGAUAACGGCAUUUUUAUUUCAAUAUUUUUAAACGCGGAUAUUCUAUUGUAAAAUUUUCUGGUAUUUUUUUCACUUAUUUUUUUUUAUCGCGAAAUAUCGUCCAUUCUUGGUAGAGAAGGGUAAAGCCUAUUUCGCGAGAUUCCAUCUUGUAACAAGAGAGAGGAAAAGAACGCGAGUGUCUCACCCGCGACAGCAUUUUAUUUGGCUGCAAAACGAAACGCGAAAUGCGGACGAGAGGGAAAAUAAGGUUUUCCCAAUCUCGAUUAAAUUUCUUGACGGAGCUUUACUGGCAUCCCAGGAGGGAAGAUGCCGGCCACGAAGUUAUACGCGUACGUUGGUGGGGAGUAAUUUAAGCUGGUUGUGCUAUAUAAGUUCGCUAUGUGUGAGAUUUAAGCUCAACGAACACACUCUAGUAACGCCGCGAACACCACAUUACGAAUUACAGCGGCUCCGCCGCAGUAAGUCGGCCGGUAGAUGAAAAUGCCGUAACGUUUAAGGAGGUACUUGGCGGCGCUCAUCAUUCCCCAAAGUUAAUAACAUUCCAGUAAGGAGGUGAAGUCAGGUGGAUCGGAUAAGGGCGAUUCGAUGAUAAAGAUGGCAAUAAUAUUAGUUAAAACUUUUUAGUACUUUGCUCGUCUAUCGGUUUUGACAUUCGGCAGUUUAGUGAGAUUUCUUCAAGAAAAAAGAAAGAUAAGACAAGAGAGUUCUCUUCAGCCAUUCAUUAUGCAAAUCGCCAACGAUCACGUGCGGGAAAAGUUCUUUCGAUGAAGAUCAAACGAGACUCCAACCAAGUGUGUUGCUUCAUUGGCGAAAAUGAAGAGAUGAAAUGGCUGAAUGUUCUCUUGUAAGGGAAUGAAACCAGUCUUAAUAAACAUUGUUCUGUGCGCCAUAAGACUUACAUAAAAUCGCAUAUAUAAUCUAUCCUUAGAAUUCAUUACUUGACAAAUGUCUCCUCUCGUCUUCGUAUUCAGAUUGAUUCACGGUUUGUUUCAAAGCAAGAAAAGUCUAUAAUACGCUGCCAAUUUAUUUAAUUUUAAACUUACAUAUCGCACAAAAUUUUAUAAUUAAUUAUAUGUAUUUUUUCCCUGAACAUAUCUUCUGCGAGCAAUUGCUCUUCGUCAUCAAAGUAUUGAAUAUAUCCUGAAAAAAAAAAAAAAA